AUGGUCCUAACCCAACUCCCGCAAUGGAUACUCAUCCAAGCCACAAUCGGCCUCGCAAUAUCCUACACGCCACCUAAUGCAAACAUCGCGCGCUCCGCAGCCGCCAUCGCGAUCAUCGCGCUCGCGAUGUCCGUGCAAAUCGAAGCCCUCCUACCAGGACGCGAUAUUCGUGCCGCGGGGCCGAUUGCAGCCAUGGGAUGGGUAAAUGUGCUUAAUGGGAUUGAGUUGUUGUUGUUGAGCCGGGUUUCGUAUGCUGCGCAGGUUGAGUGGGAGAAGACGCAGCCCAAGGUAUCGGCGCCGACAUUGCAGCUGACUUGGGCAUUUUGGAUGCCGUAUAAUUAUCGCCGGGUUCGGACGCCGUGGCAGAUAAGGCGGUUGCCGUGCUUUAAGCGUAAUGAGCCGGGGUAUGUCCCCGGGAAGGGGAGGUUUCUUGCGACUUGUGCGGGGAAGGCUGUCCUGUGCGGUUUGCUGAUUGGGAUUUUCACGGUUGAUCUUCGGUAUCCCGGUCUUGAGGAGCAAUUGAGUAUUCUUUGGGGACAGCAGGAUGUGCCCGUUUUGCACCGUGUUCUCGUGCAGACUAGCUUCAUGGUGCCUUUUGCUGUUUUGAUCCGGGCGGUUAUUGUGGGAGUUUAUUCUGUUAUGGCACUUUCCUGCGUUGGUCUGGGCAUUUCUGAGCCAGUGCUGUGGCCGCCUAUUAGUGGGUCGUUGUUUGAUGCAUGGUCCAUCCGUCGGUUGUGGGGGCUAACAUGGCACCAAAUGCUCCGCACGUGUCUUUCGUCGAACAUCAACUUCGUCUUCUCUGUUCUGCGCAUCCCCAGCUCUUCGGUCGUGGCGUAUAUACUACGCCUCGUGCUGGUUUUCGCCCUCUCCGGUCUCGUACAUUUGGGCAUGGACCUAGGCUUCUCCGUUCCGAUCAAGGACAGUGGCGCACUGUACUUCUUCACCCUACAGGCAUUUGGGAUGAUGUUUGAGCAGCUGGUGGACUAUAUCUGGUCAACUGUUUUUGGAAAGAGCACGCGCACAGGUAUCGCGGGGAGGAUUGUUGGAUACCUCUGGGUCGUUGGAUUCUUAGCUGCGACAGCGCCAACAUGGUUGGUGCCGGUUAUUAAGGCGGUGUACUAUGGUGGCGAGAGGGUUCCGUUGCCUAUGCACCUGGGAUGGGGGGUAUUGUUGGCAUAG